AUGCCGUCCAAACGCGAAUAUGACUUGAUUUUGUUAGGUGCAACUGGCUACACGGGUAUACUCACGGCGCGGUAUAUUUUUAAGUCGCUACCACCUGACCUGAAGUGGGCUAUCGCCGGAAGAAACAAGGAAAAGCUCGAGCUGCUUGCUCAGUCUCUAGUGCCUGAAAGCUCAUCUAGGCAGCUACCCGAUACCGUCGUUGUGCAGCUGAACCAGAACGAGCUUAACGACUUGGCAAAAAGGACACGGCUAAUUAUAUCGACCGUGGGACCAUUCGCGCUUUUCGGCUCGGACACCUUCGCUGCCUGUGCUCGAAAUGGCACGCAUUACUUGGACUGGUCAGUCUUCAGAGUCCUCAAAUACAUGACAGAAGCUGACAAUCAAUAUGAUUCCAUGUUGUGGCUUCGACUGUGUGCCAUCCGAUCUUUCCACCUGGCUGCGGCCAACUAUAUCCGUCGCCAUUUCGGCACGAAGACUGGCCGUGUUGAUGUCUGCAUCCACAGUGUCCAGGGUGGAAUCAGUGGCGGGACAUUGGCUUCCGUUCUGCAAGCGUUUGAGCUGAAUUCCCCGGGCCAUCUCUACAAGGCCCAUGCCCCCUAUGCCUUAUCCCCGAGGCGGCCCUCGCCGACCGUGCCCAUAAAACGAACUAGUAUCUGGACCAAGGUUUUCGGACUACUCCGGAUCAAACAACUCGGCUGGAUGGCAUAUCAGCCACAAGGACCGGUUGAUCGAGCUAUUGUCCAUAGGUCCUGGGGCUUACUAGAGCCGACUGCUGUUGCUUAUGGCCACAACUUUGAUUUCCAUGCUUGGUUUAAGAUAUGGGGACCCGUGGUGGCGAUCCUGUGGCAUUUUGGGGGGUUAAUCUUGGCGCCGUUGAUCCUCCUACGGCCUAUUCGAAAGCUGCUGCCCAAGCUCUGGUAUGAACCGGGUAGUGGUGCAGGCCAGGGUAAAAUUGAGAACAAUUGGUUCGAGUAUCGAUGUGUCGCCGAGGCAGACACCGCCACUAAGCUGAAGCCAAAAGCCUUGGUUCGGAUGCGCUACGAGAGUGAUCCGUACAUAUUCACAGCUGCGGCCUUGGGAGAAGCAGCUCGAAUUCUUCUUUGGCAGAAGGAUACAUGGGCACACAAGCUUGGUGGUGGAGUGUUGACACCCGCCACCCUGGGAGAUCACUAUGUAUCUCAACUACGGGCUGCUGGGGUGACCAUGGACGUUCAAAGCGACGAUCCAGCAUUGAGGGGGAAAGACCCUUUCACCACGCUUUGA